UUCAAAAUUCUACUGGUACAAUUUAAAUUCUUGACAAAUAACUAAUUAAUGUAUUUUCACUGUUUUGUCAAUCCUUUUAUAUAGUUCAAAAUGAAUUUUGACAGUUUUGUUCGUUAUAUUAACUUUUUUGCCUUUUGGUCGUCCCUUUUAUUUUUUAUUUAUCGAUUAUUUUGAUUCACAUGGCUUGUCACAAGCUACCUCCUUUUGAAGACGAGAAAGAAAACGAUAACGCGCUACCGGUGUCUCCUGAAAACGAUUCGAAUAUUACAGGUAAUGAGAAAGAACAAGGAAGUAGUGUUGACUAUGAAGAAUACGAAAUUGAGGCAACAAUCAACGGGGAAGAAGAAAAUCUCGAGGAAGAUGGUAUAAUCGAAGAGAAAUGUUGUUUGGAAGAAGUGGAAUCAAACAGGUGUAACACUGAAAUAGACCGACGAGCAUGUAUUUCUUAUGCAGACAAAGAAACAUUCGCCCAUCAUCUUAUAGAAUGUACCUUGAGAAAGGUGUUGAAGACAGUAUACUCGAUGAAUUUGCUUAACGAAUCGUUCUUUUCCGAUCAAUCGGUCAGGUCUUCAGUUUUUGAUUUAAAGCUGACCAAGAAUUUCAAUCGUAGAGAAAAAAUUACAGAUAUAGAAGAAGUUAUUUACUAUUUCAAAUGGCCUACAAUUGCCGAAUUUUCAUGCCAACUGAUCGAAAAAAAAAUCGAAGAAUACAUGAAAACCUGGCAUUUAACGGAAGACUGGCGUUACUGUAUAAAGUUGGUCGGGCAGGACUGCGUCAAUAAAAUGAAUCGUUAUCAUUACGCGGUUAUAUGGUCACUACCAAACAAAUGCUAUCCUGUACCUCAGGUCGAAGCGAGAGUAUUUUUUACUAUUGUAAUAAGAAAUGAUAUUCCCACUUGUUGUCCCGUUGAAGUUUGCUACCGUUUUGAAGGCAACAGUCACUAUCAUGUACCGGGUCGAAUACAAUUUAAAGAACAGUGGCUUUUAGACAUACUUUACGCGAAACUAAAAGUUUACAGUAGUGUCAAUUUCUAAUAAUUUCGUGGUACCAAAUUUUAAUAAAUCUAAUGUUAAUACUUUCAAUCGGAAGAAUUUUGAGAGAAUUUUAUGUAUUUGUGCCAUCAUUCCUAUUGAAAUUCAUUAAACAUGGUAUCUAUUUGUUAUUUAUUCAAAAUAAUGCAACAAUAAAGUAUACGAGUAAA